GCCCGCUCGCAUUUUUGUAGCUAGGAAGAAGAAGAAACUGCAUCUGUCUGAUGAAGCCAAUGCCCAUAACCACCAAGCCAGGUUGAUAUAUAUAUUCUUCUUGUUGUAGAACAGCAUAGGACUCCUGCAUCCUUUUCUUAUGAGCUGGUAACCCGGAGCCAGUUAUAUUAACCCAUUGGGCUCCGCAGGAUGAAGUCCAAAUUCCCUCAGGUGACACAGGAGGCUGGUCAGAGUCCAAACCCACACCCUCCUCUCUAGACACAGCCUCCCACACCCUCCGCUCUUGUCUGCAGGAACUAUUUUCAGUUUGCCAAAGGCAUCAGGACAGCUUUUGGACAUGAUGUUGUAUGAGUCAGUGAUGUGCUUCUUCCUCUUCUCCUCCUGGCUGACUCCUUCCAGUCCUGCCAGGCUGAGUGUGAGUAUCACGAAAAAAUGAGGGUGAUGCCAUUGGCCAGACCAGACAUCUCUGGAGCAUCUCCGCAGACCCCCAUCACAGCUCUCCUCUUCACACUAAAAUCAGGGAGGCUGCCUCCUUGUUCACGGGGGCUUUCUUUACAAUCCCACAGCCUCUUCCCCUUCUAUUUAGCAUUGUGCCAUCUGGAAGGACCCAGAAAAAGGAGGGAAAAAGGCUCUGGUCAUGACUAGUGACAGACUCUCGUAGCAGCCUCAGGAACCCCUAGUCUUGUACCAGCACCUCAGAGUUGCCAGUCUGGUUCCUAUAGCAUUCUUUUAGCAGCUGGUAAAGAGAAAAAAUUAGACCAUAAAGAAACGUGGUCCAUGAACUCAAGAUAUCUGUGGAUAUCCUUAACCAAAACAGCUAUUAUUUUAAAACACUUUCUAACGCUUUUAUAAUCCAAACAUUAAAAUGUUCUAUAGUUACUCUUGCUGUGUAUUAUGCAUUAUGACAUGUGCUUACGUGUUAUAAUUAAGUUACUGGGGUGGGUCACCCAGCAGGGAGGUGGUUGGUUUGUGGAUGCGGACAGGAUGUGAUUGAGAAGACUCAGAUUUCACUUUCUGGUUGGGUGAUUGGGCAAAUGUCUUAUUUUUCUGGAGCUUCUUUUUCUUUAUGUGUAAAAUGGUAGUAAUAGGAGAGCCUUCCUGGCAUUGUUUGGGAGGCCAAGUGACAGCAUGAUUGUCACAAGCCCUUUGUCAAUUGUAGCAUGCUUUAGGGGAAAAAAUGGGGGUAUUAUUUUCCAGAGUGUUAGAGGAAUUUAUACAAUAUACUGCUCGCGUUUAACCUGGGAAUGCUAAUUCAGGGAACUCAUCAACAACACGGCAGGAAACUUCGGCAGCAAAAUCCUUUCGGAAACCCCGGAUAAAGAAUCCGGCAGAAUGAGGGAGAAAUGGCAAAUCAAACCUCGCAGAGAGUCUCCUUGAAAGAUUACGGGAUGAAAAAUUAACUUGGCACUGUUGGGGGUGGGAAUGCGGACGGCUGCCCUGGAUGCCCGGUCUUCAGCCUCCGGUCACUUUCCUUCCCCAAAGCCAUUUUAGUCAAAGGUCAUGUGUGAGUCUUGUCAAAGGCCAGCUUCCAAUGGAAUCAUUGUGCCCCGGGACAGCGGCCCCCUGACUACAUCUGCAUUGGAGAAAUCCCAAAAGCAAACGGCCCAGUGCAAACAAGAGCAGCCCGAGGCAGCCGUCCCGGGGCAGAGCUCACAGCAGAGGCCGCGUCCGCAGCGCCCGGGUCGGAGCAGGCGCCCAGACGCCCGCAGCAAUGAGCCGCCGCGCCGAGCGGGUAAUAUCCCUGUUCACUUUUGCUGUUGGGGUCAAUAUCUGCUUAGGAUUCACAGCAAAUCGAAUUAAGAGGGCAGAAGGAUGGGAUGAAGGCCCUCCUACAGUGUUAUCAGACUCCCCCUGGACCAACACCUCUGGAUCUUGCAAGGGCAGAUGCUUUGAACUUCAAGAGGUUGGACCCCCUGAUUGUCGGUGUGACAACCUGUGUAAGAGCUACAGCAGUUGCUGCCAUGACUUUGAUGAGCUUUGUUUGAAGACAGCUGGCGGCUGGGAGUGUACAAAGGACAGAUGCGGAGAAGUAAGAAAUGAAGACAAUGCUUGUCACUGCUCAGAGGACUGCUUGGCCAGGGGAGACUGCUGUACUAAUUACCAAGUGGUUUGCAAAGGAGAGUCCCAUUGGGUAGAUGAUGACUGUGAGGAAAUAAAGGCCCCAGAAUGUCCUGCAGGGUUUGUCCGCCCUCCAUUAAUCAUCUUCUCUGUGGAUGGUUUCCGUGCAUCGUACAUGAAGAAAGGCAGCAAGGUCAUGCCUAACAUUGAAAAACUAAGGUCUUGUGGCACUCACUCUCCCUACAUGAGGCCCGUGUACCCGACAAAAACUUUCCCUAACUUAUACACUUUGGCCACUGGCCUAUAUCCAGAAUCACAUGGAAUUGUUGGCAAUUCAAUGUAUGAUCCUGUAUUUGAUGCCACUUUCCAUCUUCGAGGGCGAGAGAAAUUUAAUCAUAGGUGGUGGGGAGGUCAACCGCUAUGGAUUACAGCCACCAAGCAAGGGGUGAAAGCUGGGACUUUCUUCUGGUCUGUGAUGAUCCCUCAUGAGCGGAGGAUAUUAACCAUCCUGCAGUGGCUCACUCUGCCAGACAACGAAAGGCCUUCAGUCUAUGCCUUCUAUUCCGAACAACCUGAUUUCUCUGGACACAAAUAUGGCCCUUUUGGCCCUGAGAUGACAAAUCCUCUGAGGGAUAUUGACAAAACAGUGGGGCAAUUAAUGGAUGGACUGAAACAACUAAAGCUGCAUCGCUGUGUAAAUGUCAUCUUUGUUGGAGACCAUGGAAUGGAAGAUGUCACAUGUGAUAGAACCGAAUUCUUGAGCAAUUACCUAACUAAUGUGGAUGACAUUACUUUAGUGCCAGGAACUCUAGGAAGAAUUCGACCCAAAUUUAGCAAUAAUGCUAAAUAUGACCCUAAAGUCAUUAUUGCUAAUCUCACGUGUAAAAAACCAGAUCAGCACUUUAAGCCUUACAUGAAACAGCACCUUCCCAAACGUUUGCACUAUGCCAACAACAGAAGAAUUGAGGACAUCCAUUUACUGGUGGACCGAAGAUGGCACGUUGCAAGGAAACCUUUGGAUGUUUAUAAGAAACCAUCGGGAAAAUGUUUUUUCCAGGGAGACCAUGGAUUUGAUAACAAGGUCAACAGUAUGCAGACUGUUUUCGUAGGUUAUGGCCCAACAUUUAAGUACAAGACUAAAGUGCCUCCGUUUGAAAACAUUGAACUUUACAAUGUUAUGUGUGAUCUCCUGGGACUGAAACCAGCUCCUAAUAAUGGGACUCAUGGAAGUUUGAACCAUCUCCUGCGUACUAACACUUUCAGACCAACCAUGCCAGAGGAAGUUACCAGACCCAACUACCCAGGGAUUAUGUACCUUCAGUCUGAUUUUGACCUGGGCUGUACCUGUGAUGAUAAGGUAGAGCCAAAGAACAAAUUGGAUGAACUCAACAAACGCCUUCAUAUAAAAGGGUCUACAGAAGCUGAAACCAGGAAAUUCAGAGGCAGCAAAAAUGAAAUCAAGGAAAACGUUAAUGGAAAUUUUGAAGCUAGAAAAGAGAGACACCUCCUCUAUGGACGGCCUGCAGUGCUUUAUCGGACUAGAUAUGAUAUCUUGUAUCACACUGACUUUGAAAGCAGUUAUAGUGAAAUAUUCCUAAUGCCACUCUGGACAUCGUACACUGUUUCCAAACAGGCUGAGGUCUCUGGCAUCCCUGAACACCUGACCAAUUGCGUCCGGCCUGAUGUCCGUGUUUCUCCGAGUUUCAGUCAGAGCUGUUUGGCCUACAAAAAUGAUAAACAGAUGUCCUAUGGAUUCCUCUUUCCUCCUUAUCUGAGCUCUUUGCCAGAAACUAAAUAUGAUGCAUUCCUUGUAACCAAUAUGGUUCCAAUGUAUCCUGCUUUCAAACGAGUCUGGAAUUAUUUCCAAAGGGUUCUGGUGAAGAAAUAUGCUUCAGAAAGAAAUGGAGUUAAUGUGAUAAGUGGACCAAUUUUUGACUAUGACUACGACGGCUUACAUGACACACAAGACAAAAUCAAACAGUAUGUGGAAGGCAGUUCUAUUCCUGUUCCAACUCACUACUACAGCAUCAUCACCAGCUGCCUGGAUUUCACCCAGCCCGCCGACAAGUGUGACGGCCCCCUCUCUGUCUCCUCAUUCAUCCUUCCUCACAGACCAGACAAUGAUGAAAGCUGCAAUAGCUCAGAGGAUGAGUCCAAAUGGGUAGAAGAGCUUAUAAAGAUGCACACGGCUCGGGUGCGGGACAUUGAACAUCUUACCAGUCUGGAUUUCUUCCGCAAGACCAGCCGCAGCUAUCCAGAAAUUCUGACACUAAAGACAUACCUGCAUACAUAUGAGAGCGAGAUUUAACCUUCUGAUCCUCUGCGGUGCAGUCUUAUCAACUGGUGUAUAUUUUUAUAUUAUUUUUGUAUUUAUUAAUUUGAAACCAGGACAUUAAAAAAAGUUAGUAUUUUAAUCCUGUACCAAAUCUGACAUAUUACGCCCGAAUGACUCCACUGUUUUCCCCUAACGCUUGAUAUAGGUAGUCUUGUGUUCUGAGUAGAGCUUGUAAUAAUUACUGCAGCUUGCGUUUUUAGUGGAAGCUUCUAAAUGGUGCUGCACAUUUGAUAUUUGCAUUGAGGAAAUAUCAAUUUUUCAAUGCACAGUUGCCACAUUUAGUCCUGUACUGUAUUGAAAUACUGAUUCUGUAAAGUUGCAUUCACUUACUGUUAAUUAUGCCAGACAUAUUUAAGCCUUAUAGACCAAUCUUAAAUAUAAUAAAUCACACAUUCAAUU